CAAUGUGGUCAGUCUGCUUGUGAAACGCCCCGUGUUGUGUUUUGUACGAGAGGCGUGGUUCAGUGGGCCGAGCUGCCGAGGGCUCUGCUGAUCCCUCAGAGUGAACUCCACUCUUCAGCUGCAGCGCAGGAUGAAGGAGCCGCAGAGGGACGGAGAAGUGGGAAACGGUACCGGCAGCAAAGGAACAGAACAGAUCUGUAUUCCAAAUAGCCUCAAGAAGCGGGUGUGCAAUACAUUUGUUGAAGACUCCUUCAGUAAUGGGGCGCUGUGUCAGUGUGGGCGUGAGCGGCAGGCGCAUGAUUCCUUGGCACCAGGGGACAACUUUGGAGAAGCUGUAGUCACUCAGUGGGACAGCAGGCAGCACUCUUCAGAGUCUCCCACCGAUGCCUACGGGGAAGUGGAGUUCGCCGGCGCUGGCCGAAAACACAGCCAUUUUGUGCGGCUGUCAUGUGACACGUCUCCUGAGACCGUUUACAGCCUGAUGACAAAUAAUUGGGGCCUGCCCUUACCCAACUUGGUGGUCUCAGUGGUGGGGGGUGAAGAUCAAAAGAAGGUCAAAACAUGGGUGAGAGAUGUCCUGAGAAACGGGCUGGUUCGGGCUGCACAGAGCACAGGGGCCUGGAUCCUGACGGGGGGGUUGAAGGAAGGAUUGGCCCGCUGUGUGGGGGAGGCGGUGAGGCACCAUGGGGCCGCGGCUCCAGCUAUUUCCAAAAAUAAAGUGAUUGCUGUAGGACUGGCACCCUGGGGCUUGGUGAACAACAGGGAGCAGCUCGUCAACGCCCAGGGCAGUUUCCCCGCUCGAUACUAUGUCCAGAACACAGCUCGUGAUUCCUGCUGCUUGGAUAGCAACUGUCAGGUUUUCCUUCUGGUGGACGAUGGUACUAUUGGCCGCCGAGGGGGAGAGACAGCCUUUUGUGGACGUCUGGAGGACCACAUUUCCCAUCAACGCACUGGCAUUUGGGGAAGUGGCAGUAUUGAAAUCCCGGUGCUGUGUAUGCUCAUCUCAGGAGACGCCAAAAUGCUUGAGAGAUUAGAUGUCUCUCUGGGGAAAGCUACGCCCUGGCUGGUUCUUGCUGGUUCUGGUUCUGCUGCAGACUUUAUCAGCGAGCUGCUGGACGGUCUCUCCUCAGUUUCCCUCACGAGCACCUCUCCUCCGGCGGAAGGGGGGGCUGAGGGGCUCACCGGAUCGCUCCGCGACAUGGUCCGUGACAAGGUUAAGAGAUACUUCCCAGCUGAAGCUGAGCUGGAGAAACUGGUGGACAGUGCUCUGAGUAUUUAUCGGAAGAGAGAGUUCAUCAGUGUUUUCCAUGGAGAACAGGAGGGUUCCGAUGAUUUUGAUAUAGUUCUCCUCAAAGCCCUCGUUAGAGCUAGUAAACAGGUGUCCAGUGAACCCAAUGAGUGCACUGACGAGCUGAAACUAGCGGUGGCCUGGAACCGAGUGGACAUCGCCAAAACGGAACUCUUUAAUGGCGGCAUCCAGUGGAAGUACGAGGACCUUGAGGACUCCAUGACAGACGCACUGAUCAACAACAAGCCUCAGUUUGUGCGCCUCUUCUGCGAGAAUGGACUGAAUAUUCUGGACUACCUGACGUACCGCCGCUUGGAAGGCUUGUACCGCUCGCUGUCAGACAGUUCACUGGCCUACGUUCUGCUCCAGAGGCGUCUCAGCGAGAGGCUGGGGCUGGCUGGAUCCCUGCCCAACCUUCAUGCACCUCAGACAGCGCAUCUUAAGAGUCGUAAGAGUGGGCGAACGGGACCCGCUUCAGCGAAGGAGCUCAACCUGUUUGAGGUGUCCCGCCUGCUGUGGGACCUGUUGGGUGAUGUCUGUCAGCAUUUCUACUAUGUACCUUUGGGUUUGAACCCCAGCACCAACACCAGGAAGGCUCUCAAGCAAGUCAAUAAGAUGCUGCAGGGGGAGUGUAAAUACCGGGACCAGUGCUGCGUCUCGCCCUGGGCCGCCCUCUUUAUCUGGGCUGUCCUGCAGAACCGCCGCGAAAUGGCUGUUUACUUCUGGGAGAUGGCAGGGGAGUCAGUGCUGAGCGCUCUGGGGGGCUGUAAGAUGCUGAGGGAGCUCUCAAAGCUUGAGAGUGAGACUGACAGCAAGCUAGCCAUGAAGGAACUGGCACAGACGUUUGAGGACCUGGCCCACGAUGUAUUUGCUGAGUGUUACCAGAGUAGUGAGAGCCGCUCCUUUACUCUCCUUAUAAGGAAGUCUCCUGUGUGGGGCGGAGCUACGUGCCUUCAGAUGGCCACUGCGGCUGAUGCUCGCCUGUUCUUCAGCCACGAUGGGGUUCAGUCCCUGCUGUCUCAGAUCUGGUGGGGUGACAUGGAGAGGAGUACUGAAGUCUGGAAACUGGUUCUCACCUUCUUUCUGCCCCCGCUCCUCUACACAAACCUUAUCAGCUUCAAAGCACUAGAGGAGGAUGAUAAGUCUGUAGAGGUCCACUACGACAGAGACACUGACAGUCUGGGUGGAAAUGAUGCCACCGUCUACUCCCUUGAUGGCAUACAAACUGAGGAGGAGGCUGAAGAGUUCACGGCUCUAAAGGAAAACCCAAAACGUUCUUUGCCAUCAAACUCCAAGAGACCAUUCAUUGUGUCACGGUGGAGACAGUUCUGGUUUAGCCCUGUUACCUCCUUCCUUGGCAACGUGCUGAUGUACUUCCUGUUCCUUUACCUGUUUGCCUAUGUUCUUUUGGUGGACUUUAAGCCCCCGCCCCCUGACGGCCCAUCCACUCUGGAGGUGGUGCUUUACUUUUGGGUUUUCACCUUUGUGUGCGAAGAGAUUCGUCAGAGCUUCUUUGUGGGCAGCACCUUUGUGCUCCAGAGCAUGAAGAAUUACAUCGAGGAUGUGUGGAACAAGUGUGACUUCACAGCCAUCACUCUCUUCAUCUUGGCUGUGUGCUGCAGAAUGUUUUCCUGGUCAUACUUUGUUGGCCGAGCUGUCAUGGCCAUAGAUUUUAUGGUCUUCACACUACGUCUGAUUCAUAUCUUUGCCGUCCACAAACAGCUUGGGCCCAAGAUCAUCAUCGUUGGCAAAAUGAUGAAGGAUGUUUUCUUCUUCCUUUUCUUUCUGGCUGUCUGGCUCUUGGCUUAUGGAGUCGCUAAUCAGGCACUCCUCUACGCGUAUGAUCCACGUCCUGAUUGGAUAUUCCGCAGGGUGUUCUACAGACCAUACCUGCACAUCUUUGGACAAAUACCCAUACAUGAAAUGGAUGCUGAUAAAUUGGUGGAAAUACCCUGUACAAACAACGCCACCCUCAUUGAAGCAGGAGCGGAGCCCUGCAUGAGCACCUACGCCAACUGGCUGGUUGUCAUCCUCCUUGCCAUCUACCUACUGUUUACCAACAUAGUAUUGGUCAACCUACUCAUUGCUAUUUUCAGCCACACCUUCUCAAAAGUACAGGAGCACAGUGACACCUAUUGGAAGUUUCAGCGUUACAACCUGAUUAAGGAGUACCACUCAAGACCCUGCCUGGCCCCGCCCUUCAUCAUCAUUUCACAUCUCCACCUUUUUAUCAAGAGAUGCUUCCGCCAGAUCCCUUCAGUCAAAAGCAAAGACUUUGUUCUCGAGUUGCAGGGCAAGAAAGCUAGCUGCCUCAACACAUGGGAGGCUAUCCAGAAAGAAAACCUGGUCUCAGCUCAGAAUAAACAAAAGAGAGAAAGCGACACAGUACGAAUUAAAAGUACAUCUGUCAAGGUCGACAGCGUGCUAAAGCAAAUGGCAGAGCUACGUGACCACGACAGAAGGCUGCGGCUGCUGGAGACAGAGCUGGAGUACUGCUGCAGCGCUCUCUCCUGGAUGACUGACGCUCUGUCUCAGAGUAACCUGAUAAAGGCAGGCCGCCUGCCCUCUGCCCCUCAGAGAUCUGACUCUAAUGUCUCCAAACUGACUACCUGAACUCUGGGAUCACACACACACACACACACACACACACACACACACACUGUUACUCAGGACCAAAGUGCUGCAUGUUGGCUAUUCUGGUCAUCAUGUCCAUAUUCUUUUUGUUGUUUAAAGAUUCAUUUUAUAUGCUGAUAUAUUUGUCCACAGCAGUACUGCUGGCAUGUAUACUGUCUGCUACCGUCUAACUAGGUUUGUAUAGCCUUUUAAGAUGAGAUGAAAAUUGAAGACAAAGAUAUAUGUGUCAUGUGCUAAGGGAUCUGCAUGGAAUCAAAGACUGUGUACGGAUGGCAUCAUUGACUUAGCAGCUUACUAUUGUCCAUGUCACUGGACAUGUUGUAGUCCUACACUAAGCAACACAUUUAAGUCCUCUAGAUCAAAUGGACAAAGUCAGGUUUUGUUAAAGGAAGGAUUUUACUUGUGUCAUGUGAAACUAGAAAGAUCCCUGUCUUCUAUACAUAUGUUCUAGUCUUCUGACCUCAUUGGCUCUUUAACACUUUGUGUCAUGUCCAUCAUUCAGCCAUUCACUGUAAUAGCUAACAUGUAUGUAACCUUUCAAAAUGUUUAAUUGUCCAAAGUUAUAAAUUGCAAGUUCUGGGA